AUGCAAUUUCUCUUUUUCGGUUGUGGAUGUUUAUCACCCGUCGCUUCAGUUUCCAGAAGUUGAACUAAAGCUGCAAUUUUUUUCUGGUCUCCUUUGCAGCAUUUCAAUCCCGUUCCCCUAAACUGGUGUGUAUGCUCUUCUAUCAAUUUCGAUUUCACCAAAGUUGCUUCGUUUUCUCCUCUUUUUUUUGGGUGUGUUUUAAUUUCUGUAUCUAGGCCGACAAGAGUUCGUGAGAUCUAAAAGUUUAGAAAUCUCUUCUGUUUGUUUGUAAAAGGGAAAGAAACAUCGGAUGCAUGUUGGUUACCUUCAUUGGGGUUUUUUAAUUUCUUGUUGGGUUCUGUUGAAUAUGUUUGGUGUGAGAUCUGGGUUUGAAGUUUUAGGUUGUGGGUAGGAUUUUUUCUUUCGUUUAGGGUUAAGAAAUUUCUUCUGGUUUUUGUGGGUGCAUGUGGGUUCUAAAAUUUCAGCCUGUCUUGUGAGAAUAUUUCCUUUCCUUUCUUCCUUAUUAUCUCUCUCCCCCUCUUUGCUUGGGGAAGGGUACGGGAAGAGAUGAAGACGGAGACUGGAACGGGUGAUGGGUUUUGGAACGAUGAGGAUAAGGCCAUGGUCUUCGCUGUCAUGGGUGCUCGAGCCUUCGAUUAUUUGACUUCGAGCACAGUAUCUUCUGAAGGACUGUUAUCUGCGGUUGGGAGCGGGGGUAAUUUGCAUAACAAGCUUUCCGAGCUCGUUGAGAGCCCCAACUCGUCCAAUUUUAGUUGGAACUAUGCGAUCUUUUGGCAGAUUUCCAGGUCCAAGUCGGGAGAGUUGGUUCUGGGUUGGGGAGAUGGUUGUUGCAGAGAGCCCAAAGAAGGGGAAGAAUCCGAAAUUAAUCGGAUACAGAAGCCUCGAUUCCAGGAUGAGACCCAGCAGAAGAUGAGGAAGAGGGUCCUUCAGAAGCUCCAUACAUUCUUCGGUGGAUCCGACGAGGACAGCUAUGCAUUUGGCCUGGACAGGGUCACCGAUACAGAGAUGUUCUUCCUUGCUUCCAUGUACUUCUCCUUUCCUCAGGACGAAGGUGCCCCUGGCAAGGCUUUCCGAUCGGGGAAGCAUUUUUGGCUCUCAGAUGCGCUGAAAUCGCCUACUGAUUACUGUGUCCGAUCCCUCUUGGCGAGAUCAGCCGGGAUACAGACAGUUGUUCUCAUCCCAACAGAAACUGGGGUGGCUGAGUUGGGGUCCGUGAGAUCCAUACCUGAAAGUUUAGAGGUGUUGCAGACUGUUCGAUCCAUGUUCGCUUCCAGUUCCACGCCAAUUCAGGUGAUGCCCAUAGCGGCCGUGCCUCCACCAACUAAAAAGAAAGAUGACAAUGGCAAGGCCUCUAAUUUUGGAUUUGGAGAGAGGACAGAUGAAUAUCCGAAGAUUUUCGGGCAGGAUCUCAACCCUGGUCGGUCUCAAGUUAAUGAGAAGCUCAUUGUGGCAAAGGUAGAAGAGCGGCUUUGGGAUGUGUAUCCCAACGGAAAUAGGCUUCCAUUUCCAAAUAGCAGGAAGGGUCUUCAUGGUUUGAGUUGGACACCUCUGAAACCUGGGCCAAACACAGAGGUUUUCAGUUCUCAAAACCCUGUGAAUAAUCAGAAGUUUGGUGGUAGUAUUAUGAUGAUCAACAACGAUGUGGAUACUGCCCAUCGAUCAUAUGGUCAUAGUAAUGGAGUGAGGGAGGACCCUCGGCUGAAUCCAUUUCAGGUGCAGAAGCAGGCACAGGCACAGGCACAGAGGCAAAUUGAUUUCGGAGGGGCAACUUCAAGGGCCUUAGUGAUUGCACGGCCCGGUAGCAUUGAAUCAGAGCACUCAGAUGUUGAGGCAUCAUGUAAGGAAGAUCGUUCAGGCCCCGUUGAUGAGCGGAGACCAAGGAAAAGGGGACGGAAGCCUGCAAAUGGAAGAGAGGAACCACUCAAUCAUGUUGAGGCAGAGCGGCAGCGGCGAGAGAAGCUUAACCAGAGGUUCUAUGCAUUGAGGGCUGUAGUGCCCAACAUCUCAAAGAUGGACAAAGCAUCCUUGCUUGGAGAUGCCAUCUCCUACAUCACUGAGCUUCAGAAGAAGCUUAGGGACAUGGAAUCGGAGAGAGAGAAAUUUUCUAACCAGCCCACAGAGACGGGGGCUUCAGAAGAGAACUCCACAGAGGUUCGGAUGCGACCACCUAACAUUGACAUUCAAUCUGCCCAUGAUGAGGUUAUCGUACGGGUGAGCUGCCCAUUGGAUUCACAUCCUGUAUCAAGAGUCAUCACUGCGUUUAAAGAGGCACAAAUCACAGUCUUGGAAUCAAAGAUCUCUGCAGGAAAUGAUACUGUUUUUCAUACAUUUGUAGUCAAAUCUCAAGGAUCAGAGCCGCUGACAAAGGACAAGUUAGUUGCCGCCUUCUCUGGUGAACCCAAUACCUUGUAGCAUUCUUCUCAAUAGUUUUUAGAUUUAGUUUGUAGAAUGGAGAACCCAUUGGAAGUAAAUUUCGUUUUACAAAGUUCUUAAUAUACAGGAAGGGAAGCAUAGUGAACUGGAUGUUACUAUCCGAUGGUUGUUUUUAAUAUACAAAUCAACCGUGCCUUCGGUAUUUAUAGAUAUAUUAAUUGCAUUUUGCCAA